AUGGAAUCCAAGAACAUAUUGACCCCGUUCAUCAAGUCGCUGUUCCUGUCGCCGCCAAACCUGAAGCCAAGCGACCUGGCGUUGGUCAUUCGACUCAUCGUGCAAGGCAAGGCCACCGACGUUCAGAUCAGUGCCUUCUUGACUGCGUUGAGAUUGACUGGGCUGGACCACCAGCCCGAGUUCAUAGCUGCUGCUGCUGCGUCGAUGCUUGAGUGGUCCAGUACCUUCACACCUGAAGAUGUCAACGGCGAAUUCGGCCUGGAUAUUGUUGGCACAGGUGGUGAUGGCCAGAACACCUUCAAUGUCUCAACGUCGUCAGCCAUUGUGUGUGCUGGACUGGGCCUCCACGUUUACAAGCACGGUGGUAAGGCUUCGACGUCUGCCUCUGGUGCUGGUGAUCUGCUGGGCUCACUGCAGGUUGAUCUUUCCAAGAUCAACGCCAGCAAUGCCUCGAAGGUUAUGAGAGAAUCGGACUUUACCUUCCUCUUUGCUCCAAACUUCCAUCCUGGUAUGAAAGCAGUUGCUCCAAUCAGAUCCUCCAUCGGCAUUCCAACGAUCUUCAACAUCCUGGGCCCGCUGUUGAACCCUGCUCCGAUCAGAGCUCGUAUCAUCGGCGUCAACUCUGAGUCUCUGGGGAAGGUGUUUGCCCAGGCUGUGAUUUCUCUGGACAAACAGAGAUACGGAGUAGUUGGUAAGACGAUGAUCGUCUGGGGCCGUGUGGGACUGGACGAGAUCAGUCCAGUCUCACGCACCAAGUGCUGGCUGGUCGAUCCAAGUGAUGAGAGUAUACAAGAGUUCUACCUAGAGCCAAAAGAUUUUGGACUAGAGGAGUUCCCGUUGGCAUCAGUAGCAAGUGGAACUCCAGACGAGAAUGCCAAUACCCUCCUAAAGAUCCUUAGAAACGAGGUUGAUGAAACCGAUCCCGUAUACAACUACAUCUUGUUGAACGCUGGUGCACUGCUACACGUUGCAGGCGUCGCCAGGGACUGGAAGGAAGGUGCCCAACUCGCUGCUGUUUCUAUCCAAUCUGGCAAAGCACUGGAGGCAUUGAACAAGCUGAGAAACGUUGUCAGUGAGCUGUGA